AUGGCCAUGCAGAAGUAUUGUCUCGUAGUUUUGUCCCUUGCCGUUCUUCCCAGCAUCUCUUCUGGGGCAAAUACAACGGAAACGACAAAGGCGUCGACAGCAGCGAGUUCGGCUGUAGUGACGAGUACAGUCGGUGCUACUGGGACCACUGCUAAAGCCGGCUCGACAGCUGCUGUCACGGGCUCCACCGCUGCUUCUGCGACGUCAGGAACCACGAUGCGUUCAUGCGUAGAGCAGUAUUCACCCUGGAUGACCCGUGGUGUCUGCAAUGAUACUUGCGGAGGAUACGGCCAAAUGCAGCUCGUCAGGGCUUGUCUGACUGGAUGUACAUGCGAGGGCCCCUUCCAAAUGCAAAUCCGAUGCGCCCAGGCACUUUGCGAAUUCCCACGUGCCACGUGCGACACAUCAGUGGGCCUCGCCAAAUACCUCUUCGGCACAAACUGGUACUGCGGCUUCGGCAACGGAAUC